AUGAACGAGCUGCUCGACUACGAGUUCCAUGACGAGUCGCGACAGCCCGCACCAACGAAACCAUACGUACCCGUCCGGGACCGUUCCCAGCCAUCCAUAUCGCAACAAGUUCAGCAUGACGCUCAAGGUCCAUAUGUGAUGAGAAGAGACGGGCUUGGCUGGUACCGCCAUCGUCCCCUCGAAGUGGCCAUGGCCAGUUCAGUGCUAUUCGAUCGAGCUAAGGCUGAAAAGGGUACUAAAGAUAGUAUCACCACCUUAUUCAAGCUCGAUCGCGUCAUCUAUCACAAGCGAACGAUGCUGGCAGAAGAUGAUGAUGAUCUCAAGCGCAAGGCACAUGAGCUGAUACCGAAGCAGCAUCACGAACACCUUGACGUCUUUAGCAAGGUCCAAUCUGACAAGCUCUCUCCUUAUCGACCUGGAGUAGAUCACAAUAUUGACCUUACUGCUGACCCUCGGAGCUUAGGUUAUUCGCCACUGUACAAGAUGUCUCUGGAAAAGAUGGAAGCGUGCCGAAAGUACAUCGUUAAUAACCUGAAGUAA